GAUUAGACUUUAGCAUUAACAUUAAAGUAUCAUGUUGGACUAUUUUUGGUCAAGUUAUUUUUCUAACAUUUUCCCUUUUCUUCUUCUUACAUGAAGAUAAUUGUUUAAGAGGGAAAAUGGUGUUUUCAUUGCUGAACAGUUAUUUAAAGGAGUUAACAGUUAAGAUGAUGAUGAUGAUGAAGUAUAACAAGUAGAAAGAGUAGAGAAAGAAUGGCGAAAUAACCUCCGCCUUCACCAAUCCAAAGGAGGAUCAAAAUGUUAAAACAGUGUUUCGUCUUACCUUUCUUAUCUUCUGGUUGUUGUCCAUCUUGAAUCUUCCAAAAAGCAUGGCAAUGCUCUUGAUUCUAAGUGAAAUUGUGAUUUGCGUUUUUCCAUCCAAGUUAAUUAGUUGAAAAUAUCCAAUUUGGUUAAUGGCAUCACUUUUAUUUAACAGCAUUGUUUUUUAUUUGACAAUUUUUAGUCACCAGUAUCAACAAGUAAAGCUAACUUUCAACUGUUAGAUCAUUCUCUGGUUUCCCUUUUUUCCAUUGUCUUCCCUCCAUAACCGCCAUUACCGCCAUUACAGCUUUUCACUUUCAACUGUUAAUCACCAACGGUUUUCAUUUUUAAUUUUCUGGUGCUGCUUCUAAAAACCAUUGGAUUAAUUGUGUGAUUCAUUUGUGACUUUGUGCUCUAUUUAAUCAAACAUGACAUAUGUUUAUGGUUUAUUGCUGAUUUGAAUUGUUUCAAAUAUAACAUUUAACACAUCAACCAAGUUAAACCAGAAACAUUUUCUGGUUAUUUGUGUUUAGUGAAUGAUUUGCAAGCCAAUAAUUUCUCUAAAACAUUCUAUUUUGAUUAUCUUCGACUUAACCCAAUGAUAACUUGAUACAAGAUUCAAUUGUGAUCAACCUCAAGUCAUGAUUAGUCGUAAGAAAAUCUUAUCCAAAUCAUGUGAUAAAAUAAUUGAUGAUUGUAAACAUUAUAAUGAUCAAGAGAUUUGGUUUAAUAAGGAUAAACUGUUCAAGGAUCAUAUUAGAGAGAUUCUGGACAAAUGGGAUCAAAUCGAUGAUGAUAUUUGGGCAAAGGUGAUCUUUAUGGAGAGGAAUCGUCGAGUUGCCAAAGCAUAUGUGAGAGCUCAAGUGAUUACUUUUAAUGGAUCUGAACGAGGCUUUGAUGGUCAUCUUGUUGGUCUAAAAGGAUUUGCUAAUUCAAAACGAGAUGAGAGGACAGCUAAAGUGUUGGAGGAUUUAGGUGAAGGAAUCAAAAUGAAAAUAGAUGAAUCUGGUGAUAUACUAAUCAAAAGGUUAACCCGGAGUAACGUUAAAGUAUCUGGUAGUACACCUGAUUAUAACUGUCUUGGAAGUGAACUGAUUGAAUCAAAUGGUCGACUUGAAAUGGACAGAGCAAUGACCCUAUUCCAGAUGAAGAAGUUGAUUUCCACAAUAGGAUCCGAGAUACGAUCAACUUAUCCAAAUCAAAGGAGAUUGGAGAAUCAAUGUAUUACUUGUAUUUCAGUUGAUAUUGAAUCUGACAAUUUACUCGAAACACCGUGCUGGAUGAUGGUAAUCAAUAUUGUCGCUAUGGAAGUGAUCAAAUACAAAUUACCUUGUAUAAUGAUGAAGUAUCAAAAGAUUCCUGAUUUUGUUGCCAUCUUUGAUAACCAGCAGAAACAAAUUCAACAACAAAAAUCAGUCAACAAUAAUAAAACAUCUUCCAAUGACAAAAGUAAUCAACAUCUUCGCAACUCUGUCAGCAGCAAUAGCAGUACCAAUAGUAGUACUAAUAAUAGCAGUUGUAGUAGCUUCAAUCCGGUCAAUGGAAACAAUAAUAUUAGCAUAACGACUAAUAACAAUGUUAAUAACAAUAACAAUGCCAUUUGUAGCAGUAAAGUUGAUGUCAAAGCUGCUAGCUUAUCGGUUCCAAUAACUUCAGGAUCUAAUGGUGAAAAUACUAAUGGUUCUGGUGUAGUUAAGCGAAAAUCCGAGUCAAAAAGGACAUCAGAAGAAAUGUCUCCAUCGCCUCCAUACAAAGAAAACAAGGAAUGUCUUCAUCAUCAUCACCAUCAUCAUCAUUCAAACAACAAUCAACCUCAGGUUAAAGCGGUCAAACAGCUCAGUCAACUUGGACGAAGUAAAGAUCAAAGAGUUGAAAUGAAGGAAAUCAGUAACAACUCUGAUAAAAUAGCGCAUUCUAAUAUUGAUUCUGUCCCUGUUGUAAUAAAAAGUAUCACUGUUAAGGAAGAAGAAUCAGUAACAAAAGAUGGUCAACAUGAUAAAGCUCGAAUUGAAAUACCAAUGCCAGAUUAUGAUAAAUGUGAAUCAGAUGGAAGUAAAAUGAAAAGACGAGAAGAGGACUUUAUCCGAACCUCAGAUGACAAGAUUUCCGACCAGUUAUUGCUCGGCAGUUUACCAAAAAUUGAGGAAACCUGUUUGUACCAGUUGAAUGCUUGUUUAAAUGGCCAUCCAAAAUCAGUUGGUUAUUUAAAUAGUGCCAUGAGAAAGUUACCAGUUAAUAGCAGAUUGUCAUCUUGUUCAUCAUCAUCAGACUCAUCACAAUCAUCAGGCUCUGAACCAUCCUACUAUCAUAUUUACAGCAGCAUAGGAGAAGGAAUAAAGAUAACUAAUUGUCUACCAACGAAUCAUCUUGUUGCUUGUGACAAAAUAAUCAGAUAUUAUGUUGGUAAUUGGGAAUAAAUUAUCACCCCAACUACAUCAAUUCAUUUUCAACUCCAUCUUCAUUGAAUUUCCGAAUAUUUUUUUUCUGCAUCAACAUUAUAGCAAAGUUAUUACAAACAAGAGGAACACUCAUUGUAUUACAUUUUUUUGAAUAAAUCUUUGUUUAAAAAUUGC